UGAAACAUUUACUCUUUUGGAAUGAAAGAAGAGGUUAUUGUGUUUUCAAAGUGUACUAAUUUUACAGGGAAAAGUAUACAUGUACUAUGGUUUGAGUAACUAUUAUCAAAACCACAGAAGGUAUGUAAAGUCCAGAGAUGAUAACCAGCUGUUGGGAAAUUUGGAUGCUGAACCUUCCAGAGACUGUAUGCCAUUUGAUUAUGUGAAUGAUAGCAACACUAAGAAACCUAUUGCACCAUGUGGAGCUAUCGCAAAUUCUAUGUUCAGUGAUGUGCUUACCCUGCAGCAAGAAUCUGAGGAAAAGCUUAUUCCUGUUCCAUUGCUUAGAACUGGAAUUGCGUGGGAUUCUGAUAAAAAAAUUAAAUUCAGAAAUCCAAAGGGUGAUCUUCAACAGGCUUUUGCUAAUUUUGCAAAGCCCAAGGCAUGGAAGUUGAACAUAUGGGAAUUGGAUAAGGAAAACCCAGACAACAAUGGUUUCCAAAAUGAAGAUCUCAUAGUUUGGAUGAGAACGGCAGCAUUGCCAACAUUCAGGAAGCUUUAUAGAAGGAUAGAUCAUUCCAAGGAAGGGUUUGUCCAAGGGUUGAGGAAAGGCGACUAUGUCCUCACAAUUGAAUACAACUAUGAUGUCAGUACUUUUGAUGGUUCAAAGAAGAUGAUACUGAGCACAACAUCCUUGUUAGGAGGCAAAAAUCCCUUCCUAGGUAUAGCGUAUAUUGUUGUAGGAUGUUUGUGCCUUGUUCUGGGCAUUGUACUUCUAUUUAUCCAUAUCAAAUGCGGAAAGAGUUCGAGUGAGAUGAUCAACGUCAACCCGAGGACGCCAUACCAAUAGAGGAUCUCCAACCUUUAAGUUAAGCUUGCCAAAGGUCUUUAUGUUUAAUUCUGGUUAAGUCCUAAACCAAGAGUCGUUUUAGAUGGAUGUUACGAAUUCAGAUAUUUAUGUUUCUGUUGAACCCGUCUUUUAUUUGAUGAUUGUAUGGAUUGCAGCGAUUACUCACAUGUCCCUGUUCGAUGAUUUUACACGUGCAAAAUAUUUUAUAAACAUCUUGAAUAAAACUGCCAAAACUUCAUAAAAGGUAUAGCCUGCUGAUAGUAUAGUACGAAUUUAUCAAAGUAAAUAAUUACUGACGACGAUGAUAGAUUGCAUUUUAGCUUGCAUUGUUUAGUCACCGCGUAAUACGAAGUUUGUCCGGAAAAUACGUAUAAAAGUGGGAUAACUUUAUUUUACAAUUGUUCAGGUAUUUCAAUACGGUAUCCCUCAAAGUACUCCCCCUGCAGCAAGGCUCUUCAUUUGCCGUCUCGUUUCUGCCUUGAUGGUUUCCACAUCCUCCAAGUGCCGCCCCCGAAGCACCAUUUUGCAUUUUGAAUAAGGCGGGUGAUCUGCCAAAAACAAUGAACAUUUGACCUUGCUUUUUUUCGACUUUUUUAUUCUCGGUUCCCCUGCUAGCUUCCACUCUAUGCUUUGAGGUUUCAUCUCCACAUCAUUCGUAGAACCAAGACUAGUCUCCAGUGAUUACCCGGUUGAGAAAGCCCCAUUUCCUCUGCUUCCAACCAAUUCUCACAGCAAGCAACCCUUCUUGCUUUCUGUUCUGGAGUCGAGAGCUUCGGAACUAUUUUCGCGCACAAUGUUUUCAAGUUUUUUUAAAAGAAUUUCGUGGACGAUUGUUUUGGGUAUUUACAGUUCCUCAGCUAUCAUUCUGUCAAUCGACGGUCUUUAAUUUUCCUUACAGGUGAAUACAGUAUGUUAUAGUAUUUCUAUUAUACUAUACUUUAUACUGAUAGGGCUUAAUACAUAAACUAGUACUCUGGCCUUGGAAUAUUCCUUAACAAAUAGACAACAGAUCGUGGAAUACAAUGGCUGCAAUUCUUGAAUCAGCCCGGAUUUGCGUGGUGUUCCACAAAGCUCUAUACUCGGCCCACUGUUAUUCUUAUAUAUAAAAUGCCUUUCCAACAACAUUAAUAACAAGCUAAUUCUAUACGCCAAUGACACAACUCUUAUGUCGACUCACAAUUCCAUUACCAACUUAGAGGAUGUGCCACUUUAAAUUAUGUUGUUACACCAUUAAAAAAAAUUAUGUUCACCCGAAUUCGUUCAACAUUUUCCUCAGAGUUCAAUAUGGAGGGUUCAACCACUUUUUAACGGUUGGUUCCUUCGGAGAAUUGUCUCCAUAAACUUGUUCCAAACACUAAAAAAUCUCACGAUCAUUCUUGCCUAGCUUUGCCAGAAACUUGAUGUUGAUGCGCUUUUCCUCGAUCAGAGAAAGCUCCAUGCCGACGGCAGGUAAAAAGGGUUACUUUCAACCAGCACACGUAAAUCCUACUUACUCACAGACCGUAGAGGGGAAUGCAUAGAGAAAGGGAACCUCCAGGCGGAGGGGUACUCCACGACGCCUCGAAUUUUUUUUACGUAUUUUUCGGACCAAGUCCAGUCAGGUAUGUGCUGUAUUUCGGCGUCAAAAAAAAAUAUACGAAGUGAGAUACUGUAGCAUCAUCUAUGAGAACAAUGAUUAUAAAUUUAAUUGGAAAAGCUUAGACCCGAUGUUACUAAGCCGCGGUUCAAAAAAGCGCUUGGGUUACAAAUUCAACCAAUCAGAGGGCGUCUUUGAAGUAGUGGAUCUAGAGUGUAAGAUGGGCCCCUAAUUCCCGCAUUAAAUCAAUAAAUGGUUGACUUUCUUCAUAUCCAUGCUGAAAUACAGCUUACUAGCAGAACAUUUGGCGGCUUUUUCGAAAUCUAAGUUUUAAUCAGCUUGUAUUACGGCACAAUUUAUAAUGGACAAGCUUUGCAUUGGAUAUUUGCUAAAAUUUGCGAAACAGCAAAAAAGUUGUGCACAGUGCACUGAAAAUAUGGGUGUGUUUAGUUCACGUAUAGAUAUUUCUAUUAGAUUUCUUCCGUGUUUUUUCUUUAACGAUUGACAAGGUGUUCCUUAACAAUACUUCAUAUAGGCAGAAAACACUGUCUAUGACACAGUCCUACUAUAGAUGACACAAGUGGCCUUCAUAUUAGGUAUAGUAAAUAUAACUCCUGAUACUUAUCCUCUGGUUUUCAUGUUCAUAGGACUCCAUUGACUGGCCGAAUCAAAACCACAUAUAUGUUUAGAUUUCAGUUUACUGUGGUGGCCCUUUUCAAGUACACACAAUAUAUUUUGUUUCCUAAAUUUCUUGUAAUUAACAGCUUCCUGUUACAAAGUUUUAUUUCCUUCUUCAGGACUCUACAAAAAAUACACUAGCUUUACAUAUCAAUGAAUUAACAUUUUAAACGAUAAAAUUGAUAUAAAAGAUAUUUAUUUUAGUUAAGGAAUUGUAUAAAAUGAACUGUGUAAACACAUCUCCGGCAUUCGGGGAUAAGCUUAAAUAGUUAAUUUAAAAGUUAGCUAAAAAAUUAAGGGAUCAAAAAAAAUCCAUUUUAUCAGUGAUCUUUGACAAACUGAGUUUUGGUGAAACAUGGGCUAGAUGAGUCUAAAUGUUUGUUCUUGCAGGCUCUUAAAAUCGCGUGAGAACCGUUGCCCCUAAUUUUUUUCUGCUGAGGAACCAGGAAACUAGAAUUUCAAAGCUCCAAAAUGAUUUUUUUAAAGUUUAGAUACGACCAUUUUUAACCAAAAUACAGUCAAAAAUCACAGAAAAAUUGGAUUUUUUUCUACUCCCUUAUUUUUGUUUGAGCAGUGUACAAUGUCUUGCCAAAAUAAGUAUCUUUUACAUCGAUUUUAUUAUUUAAAUUGUUGAAAUAUGUAUAUGCAAAGUUAGUUUUUUUGUACAGCUCUGGAGAAGGAAAUAAAUUUUUCUGAAACGUCGGCAGCCUUGUAACACGAAAAGGGACGUGCCACCGUUUUAGAUUUUUUUCAACUUCCUGUUUGCAGCAGUAUUCUAAAUCCUUUUCAUCUGAUAAGUUCAUGGUGUGUAUGGUGUCCGCAAAGUUGGGGUUUUCCUUUUCAGAAACAACUACCCUUGAAAUAACAAAGGUAAUGUGUAGUAAAACGAGGGCGACCAAGUAAAAAAAAAUAAAGGAAAAAGUACUCGCUCUCCAGUUGACGAGAAGGGCUAAGUACGUCUCUGCCCGAAAUCAUACCGCUCCAACAGAAAAAGAAAUCAGCUGAUGCGCUACCGAGCAGACGCACCAUGCCAGCCCAAACAUUCACCGAAAAUGUUUGUUGAAAAUGUGCCCGACAGACAGCGUGCGGAUUAUCUACUGACCAAACAUGAGUGUUGCGAAAGUUAUUCACCCCAUUACGCGUGAACGUAGAUUCGUCUGUCACCAAUAUGCACUUCAAAAAGUCCGGAUUAUUGUCAUGUUGAUGCAACAACCACUCACAAAACCGCACUCUUGCUGGAAAAUCGUCAGGUUGAAGGGCUUGUACACGUUGGACGUGAAACGGAUACAGCCCCUCUUCACGCAGCGUUUGCCACACUUUAGUUUUUGAUACUUGCAUUUCUCUAGCCACGUCUCUAGUGCUUGUUGAGGGAUUCUCGUCUACGCGAUUACCUCUACAGGCGUGACCGUAACCGUCGGUUGAAGGUUGCAUACUGACCUGACACACUGACCCCGACCCAGUUCUGUCGUCGGGUUGAGCUAGUGUCCUAGUACCACUCGGGGAUGUCGCGGCUACAGGACGGUAUUCAGAUAUUUUUGAUGUUGCAGAGCCCUUUAUCUCGGUUCCCUUAAGACAUUGGUGUAUAUGGUACUAAGAAAAAUUGCUUAUGUUUUCAAGAUCUACACGUCGUGUAAAGGAAAACCCCAACUUUGCGGACACCCUGUAGAGAUGACUGAAAAACAAUGUUUUCAUUUUUUUGUCAAAAAAUGCAUUUUUUUCUUCAAUCGGAACUUGUUAACAAAUAUAAGUACAGCUCUGAAAUUGUGUGUGAAUAUUCCUCUUUUAUGGAAGAAUGAAACGAGUGAUUACUUUUGUUCUUAUCACUUUUCCUUUUCGAAAAAUCUUUGCUUUUCUUGAAAACUCAACUUGCUGCGAAACAAUGGAGUCCUAUCGAGUAUUGUGUAACAAAAUCGUCGAGUUGGAAGGAAACUGUCGCAACUAAAAAAUUGUCAUUUUCAAACAAAUCUGACCAACUAACUCCAAACAAUCCAUAUUAAUAUCACAAGUUAAACUAACAAGUGACAGUUUGAGGCUAAGUACUUUCCAUUGGAAAAUCUAUAAUUUCAAACCCUGCUACUGAAUAUUUAUGAAUUUUGCGUGGUGACAGUCUUCUGCCAAACUUACGCAUUAUGCUGACAAAUCUAAAUAUAGGAAUUUUAUUUAUUGUAGACAAAAAUAACAGGAAUUGUGCUCUAAAAGUACGUAUUUAAUUAUUUGAAAAUUUUGCGUAUACUACUAAUUGAAAAUAGAAUUAUACGUGGUGAGUUUUUGUAUCCGAUUUUUAAUAUAAAACAAGAUAGUUUUACUUUCCCUCUCCAUACCCGACAUGAAGCUUUAGUUUAAUAAUUAUUUAUUAUAUUAUACUGAUAUGUGAUUCUUAGUAUGUAACAAUUUCUUUUGUAAAUACAUAAAUUUAAAAUAAAAUAAGCUAAAAAUGAUAUGAGUUUACUGAAACUUGCCUACAGUCUCCGCAGUAUAAAAUAUUUAAUGUAUGUUGUGUAUCUUUCC